GUUAUUUUAGUUUGUAUUAAAGGAAUAGUUUAUUUUCUUUUACAAAUAAAUUUAAUGAUAGGAACUAUAAAGUAUAUUGUGUAAUGAAGUGUUAAAGUGCGGUAUACCGGCAAGGCCGGCGGUCAGUCCGCCAUGCUGCUGGUGGAGGCGCCGCGUGAAGCCGCCGUGCCGCCGUGCGCGGCGCCCCUGGACCUCCCAAUGUCCACGAUCACGAAACUCAAUUUCACGGACUACAGUGCCAAAGUGAACAAACCUUACACGGAUACCGCAAACGAACAGAGAGACUCUAGGUUAAACUACGAACAGACCCUCGCGAGUGUCGCUAGAAUUAACUUCGAACAAUCAGUGACGAGCACCGGUAAACUGCAAUAUGAUCAAAAUCGACUUGCGUUUGAUCCAACACUCGAGACCUUAUGUGAUACCUCAUAUAUACUACCUACAGGUUAG